UCUGCCCAUUGUUUGAAGGUUAGUUUUAAGCUGGUAAAGUCUCCAAGGAUAAUAAAAAGGGGAAUCUGUAUAUUUUUGUUCCAGGCCAGAUAUUUGGUCUGCCUGAUUAUUCACUCACAUUAGCCUGGGGUGGAAUGCACAUUAAACACUUGCCAGAAUAAAGGACGAAAAUUCUUGCAAUGAAUAAAAGGGUUACGGUUUAUAAACAAUGUUUUCAGUUUAUGUAGAAACAUUGAUGAAUAGCACUGAUUAAGUAUAAUAAUGUGUUUAAACUAAGGUAUGCUUAUUAAAAGAUACAUUUAUUUUUGAUGUCUAUUAACUUUAUCAGCAGGACAGAAAUGUCAUUACUGUAAGCUUUAUGUGUAAUAAAUCUAAUUAUAUACUUUUUUAACUUGUGUGUUCAUGUUGAGUGGCAUGUAAAAUUAAACGUAAGUGAAUCUUCUUUUCUUACUUUUAUUCUAUUAUAAUUCCGUACACUUGCUCAAUAUGACUGUGACCACUUUUACAGGUAUAUGUUAUAUAAAGAUUGAAAUGAUCUUUCCAGCUAAUGGUCGAAACAUUAUGAAAACGCUUUUGCAAAAAAAGCAGCUUCCAAUUUGGCCUUACAUGUUUGAAAAGCAUUUUAAACAAUAUUUUGCCUGUAUGUGGCUUAACUAUUUAUGAUGUUUAACAAUGCACAGUUAAAAUUCUGGGAUUAAUAAAUCAGUGCCCAACACAUUCUUCACCAUUAAUAUGUAAUUUUUAGCUCUGGGUCAGACGUGUAUCGAAUCUUUAACAAUUCAGGUUAAUUUGAUUAACUGAAUAAAAAUGUAUAAUGUACACUUUGUGUAAGGGUCCACCACCAGAGGUCACUGUUUUUUAUUUGUAGUUUUUGUUGGCUGACUCUUUUGCCAAACCUUCUGUUCAUUUCAGCCAUGAGGGUGUCCACUAAUUUGUUAACAGGUUCUAGACAGGAUGGAUUUUUCUGAAACCUGACAACAAUCUUCUGAAGACCUUUUGUCAUCAAAAUUUCUCAUUCUCUGUUCAUGUCUCUCUCUCUCUCUCUAUCUCUCUGUCUUCCCCACCUUUUGGACACUUCCUGUUUUAGACACAGCGGCUCCUGUCCCAUCUGUUUCUGUGUGGCCUUGGGUCUGUCUGAAGCAACUGUGCUUCUGUGGAAGUAUUUAACAAUAGAUUUCACCUUUUGCAGUACAUUCUCGACCUCCUUCAGUGCAGCUUUGACAAUGAGGUUUAACAUAUGAGCAAAGCAUUGUAUGUGGUCCCAGUGGAGGUGUUCUCUCAGAGCUGAAACAAUAUUGCUGGCACUGUCAGUUACACAAGCUACAAUUUUGUUAUCCACAUCCCAUUCAUUAGUAACUCUGGACAGCUCUCUUGCCAGAUCACGAUAAACAAUAAUAUCAAUAUUCGGACAAAACCUGAUUUGGAGUCACGUGACAAAAGAACGAACAGUUCGGAUCGGAAGAUAUGAGAGGUCCACCACUCCUAGAAGUAGCACAUUAUAUUUCCCGUAAUGGAAAAAAACAGAAACAAGAAACCCAUCAAGGCUGCUUCCUCUAAAAAGCCAAGAAGUGUUCCACAUUUGAAGCCCCUAACCAUAUAUGGCUACAGAGUCUUUAAUAAAGACUUCAAUUUAAGUUGUCCUAGUCCAUCUUGGAGUCCUGACUGUCCCUCCUGGAACUUGGACGUUGAAUUAAACAACAUCAGGACGUCUGUUGGACAAAAGAGGCGAUUGAAUGUUUUGUGCCUUGAUGAGAAGAAUGAUAUGCCGCCGAAAAAACCCUGCCGAGUUUCCUCUGAUUCAGGAUGUGUUUUAGAUUCUUUUAUACAAAGUGAAGACAGUGCAAAUGGUUUUGUGUUAGAUUACAAUGUGGAAAAGAUCAUGUGUCUGAGUCCAAUUGACCGUGCUGAUAUUGGCAUUGGUGGUGUGGAGGAUUUCAGUCCAUGUGCUGAUACUUAUUACGAGGAUUUAGAGGACCACAGCUCUAGGUAUAACUCCGGACAAAAACAAGAGAAGGUUUUUUGUAACAUUGAGGGUUAUGUUACAAAUUCAUAUCGCAUAGCCAACCCAGGGGGGUCAAAGCCCAUGACGGAAAGCAGGGUCACAAAAAGUGGUGAGGUGCAUUUUAAUGAACCAUAUAAAGUUACUGUCCCAAAGUUGUCAUGUGACAAAACGCGACCCGUGUCCACACCAAUCAUGUCCACCCCUUUAAACAAAUCUAAGGACCUUGUUAAGCGACUAUAUCACAGACUAGACUUGGACAAAGAGAACUGGUCCUCACCUUCAGAAAUCAGGGUGAAGGAGGAUGAGGCAGCAUCUGGGAGCCAGAGAAAUGUCUUCAUAGAUGUCCCAAGACCUGUGCUGUUGUACAGAGAGGAAGACUGGGAGAAAGAGAAGAAUGUCUAUGUGGAGUCUGUGAAGAGACACAUGACAGAUAACAUGCAAAACGGGGUAAUGUCUGAGCUGUUGCACCUCAUGGACACCGUAGCCAAUCGGGAAAGAGGAAUUGAUGGGAGAAAGUGGCAGCACCCUUCUGACCUCACCAGAAGGUAUGCUGGCACUGUAAGAGGCAAAGAAAUUACCGGUCACGUACCCAUGGUCGUUUUUUUUCACUGGGUGAGUGGAAGAAUUUGAAUUGCCCUAACUAUCGUCGCUUCAAUAAACUGCCACAGAUAUUCACGCAAAGCUUUGUGGAUUAAUACUCUGCAGCAAAGCAAACAUCAGGAGAGGUUAGAAGGGAGCUGCCCUCCCCAAAAUCUCUCCCCAAAUGUUUUUCUUCCGAUACCGUGUUGUUUUUCAAUUCAGUGUCUCUUGCACUUAUCUUUGACACUUUGUGUGUUUAGAAAGUAAAUUGUUGUGGAUUAUUUUUGUUUUUUUCUUUUCUUUGUGUGUUUGUUUAUGAUGCUUAUUCUUUGUGCUACUAAUAAAAGAAAAAUAUUUAGGCUA